AUGCUCAUUACUCCGAUUAACGCAAUACUAGACAUCAACUCCGAGCUGGACGAGCUGGACAGAGAAGAAUUCUACCGACUCAAGAAGGUCUCGGGCAAGAAACAGCGCGACAACGCUGCUGCGGACGCCGAGAUCAUGGCUGCGAGAGAAAGAGAAGCAGCGAAGCAGCUAACAGAGGGCAGGCCUAAAAAAGAAGAGGAAACACCCGAUGCCCCGGACGUUCUUGGGGAGCAAGAAGACGCAGAUGUCAUUUUCUAA